AUGGAUGAAAGAUCAAAAACCGGAUGUGACGAGGAUCCGAAUAUCUUGAUCCCACACUCCUCAAAUUCUGUCCUCGAACGCAGCAGAAGCACAAGAAGCACAACUUUCCAAUGUUUCCAAUGGAUCGCUAGAGAAGAGCCUGGACAUUUGUCCCCAAUGAAGUGCCUUCACUCCAACUCAGCAACUCCAAUAGGGCUGAGAUAUUUAUAC